GGCUGCUGCAUACACUUCUUUCUCUCUCUAGCAGGUACGUGCCUCUGUCUCUAUUGAUACCUCGUGAACUGUCACUGUGUGUGGAAUCUGACGGAACAAUGAAUGCGGCUGUUGGAGUUAGGUGUAGUGUGGUGGUUAAUCGCACCCUGUUUAGGGUUUUAAUUAUUCAAAAUUAGUUGAGCUUUCGUAUUUGCUACUAACUACUAAACCAGAGGUGCGGAGAGAGAAUUAUCUAGAGAGAGAGAGAGAGAGUGGAGGAUUCACAGUAAUUAAAGCUGAGAUAAAUUCAGUUCGCCGGCGGCGAGAUGAGCGCCUCCAGAUUUAUAAAGUGCGUUACUGUUGGCGACGGAGCUGUGGGUAAAACUUGCUUGCUCAUUUCCUACACCAGCAACACCUUUCCCACUGAUUACGUCCCCACAGUAUUUGACAAUUUUAGCGCCAAUGUCGUAGUUGAUGGAAGCACUGUGAAUCUAGGAUUAUGGGAUACUGCAGGCCAAGAGGAUUACAAUAGAUUGAGACCGUUGAGCUACCGUGGGGCUGACGUCUUUAUACUUUCAUUCUCUCUUAUUAGCAAGGCUAGUUAUGAGAAUGUGUCCAAGAAGUGGAUUCCUGAGCUAAGGCAUUAUGCUCCGGGAGUUCCGGUAAUUCUUGUGGGAACGAAGCUUGAUCUUCGAGAGGAUAAACAGUUCUUCGUAGACCACCCCGGAGCCGUACCCAUUACAAAUGCCCAGGGAGAGGACCUGAAGAAGUUGAUUGGGGCAUCUGCUUAUAUUGAAUGUAGUGCCAAGACACAACAGCAUAUCAAGGCUGUGUUCGAUGCUGCAAUUAAGGUUGUUCUACAGCCACCGAAGCAAAGGAGGAAAAAGAAGAGAAAAGGCCAAAACGCCUGCAGUAUACUGUAAGAAAAUCGAAAAUCCCAUUUAGAGGAGAGAAUCUUUUCGACUCUAUGUUAUUAUCAUGUAACUUCCGAUUCUAGUUCUACCCUUUGAGGACGCAAUAACCUAAGAAGCUAUAUUCUUGACUCACUGUACUCGGAAAGAAUCAUAUUUCUUGAAGCAUCAAAUAGUUGGUUGGCUA